AUUUUGUAUAGUUAAAUCAGUUUCUGGGUACUGCAAAAUAAUGUCUGGAUAUGCAGUUAGCAAUUCUUUCUUACUACUCCUGUCAUUCUUCGCUUCGUCUCUUACUGCUGAAGGAUAUUAUUCUUAUGCUGUUGUGGAAAGUUGUAAAGGUUGUCAAUUGAAUCGACUACCUGAUGUAAAAAAUUUUAUCUUCGAGGAUCUCCAGCAUUAUGAAAAUGUUGAUUUCAAGCAUGUUCAAGGAGCACCGCCAGAAUUAGUUAUUUACAAUAAAAACGAAAAGGAAAUAGAGCGAUUAAAAUUGGCACAACUAACUCAACAAGAAUGUAAUGAUCUAUUAGUUACUAAAGGUUUCAAAAAAUCUUCACCAAUUAAGGAUGAAAUAUAAAUUGAAAAGAAAAUCUGCAAUGACUUUCAUCAAUUUUAUUAGUCAUUAAUCGAUUGAAAUAUUUGAAUUUUUAUUUUUUGAACAUAUAUUUAUUUGAUCAAAUGUGAACUGACCCAUUAAGUAUAUGUAACUUUGUCCAGGGUACAUACGAAAAAAUCAGUAAAAUAUCAAAUACGUAACAUACUAUUGCACUAAAUAGGUAAUAAAAUAGGCACGUUCUAAUGCACUUGUUAAAAGUUUUCUGUUAAUAUUAAUUCUGUUCUUUAACCAUAGAUAAGAGGAGUGCAUGUUCUCCUCUUUCGAGCUGCAAUCUGUGAUAAAACCACUAGUACUACAAUUCAUAUGGUGAUUAAAUUGUCCAAUGCAUUAUGUAUUGGCUACCUUUACAUAUUUAUACAUAAAUUAAUUUAUUUCACAUU